UCUUCGACCGUCAGAGCAGCAAGAGCUCAAGCCACUUACAAGAACACAAGAACACAAAUUCCUCAAUCCAAUAUGUCGUCGAUGCAAAUGUCCGAGAUGUCCAAGACCUACCAGUACCGCAAAUUGAUGAAGCCCAUGCUGGAGCGCAAACGCCGGGCCAGGAUCAACAAAUGCCUAGACGAGCUGAAGGACCUGAUGGUAGCCACUCUGGAGUCCGAGGGCGAGCACGUCACCCGCCUGGAGAAGGCCGACAUCCUGGAGCUCACAGUCACCCACCUGCAGAAAAUGAAGCAGCAGCGCCAGCACAAGCGAGCUUCCGGAGAUGAAAGUCUGACCCCGGCUGAGGGAUUCCGAUCCGGAUACAUCCACGCCGUCAACGAGGUUUCCCGUUCGCUGUCCCAACUUCCCGGCAUGAACGUCAGCCUGGGCACCCAGUUGAUGACCCACCUCGGCCAGCGCCUUAACCAGAUCCAGCCAGCCGUUAAAGAAGUCCUGCCAGUCACGGCUCCUCUCUCCGUGCAGAUCGCCACCCGGGACGCCUACUCCGUCCCUAUUUCACCUGUCUCCAGCUUCGCCGGCAGUCCCAACUCCAAUGCCAGCUCGGCCAGCACCUCCCUGUUGACCACCAUUGAUGUCACCAAAAUGGAGGACGACAGCGAGGAUGAGGAGAACGUGUGGCGCCCCUGGUAGAUUCCAGCGAAUCAGCGAUAGAAAGUAAAAGUCUUCCAAGUCUGUGGAAUUCCCCAUUGGACUCACAAUCUAGUUUUAAGCACACAAACCCCACAAACCCGAAAGCUUUAGACGAGGACGCGCACGCAGUUCAUGUGAUAACUAAAUAAAUAAUAAAUUAUAUAGAUACAAUUGAAA